AUGUCUUCUCGGACCAACAAGCUUGUGCCAGGAAAACUUGUCAUCAAGGUCAAUCACGACAAGCAAGUACUGACCAUUGCAUUUCUCUUCAAAGACCAACACUUCAUCGUCUGUCUUCACGACGGUCGUCUCCAAGUCAGAGAAGCAAAAACUGGUAAACUUCUGGGUGAUCCUUGGCAGAAUACAGAGGGAAGCCAAAUUUGUGCAAUCGACGUAUCACCAGAUGGUGGGCGCGUCGCGACUGGCAGCAAAGAUGGCAAAAUAGGAGUGUGGAAGUGGAAUGGAAGAACCGCGAAGAUAAUUGCUGAAUCAAAGAAGCACAGUCAUGGUGCUGCAGCAAAUUGCGUAUGCUGGAGUCAACAUGAUGGUGGCGCUUACAUCGCUAGUGGCUUUGACGAUGGGAGCGUAGCAGUCUGGCCAGUAUCAUCGGGGCUAAAGAAUCCCACGAGUACUGAUGACACCCGCCUCCGACACAUACACGCAAUCAGCUACUCACAUGACGGCACACAACUCCUCGUGAGCGGUUACGACCGCGAAAUCUCGAGAUUGACGAUCAACGGAAAAGCGCAGGAGAUUCAGCUGGAUGAAGUCAUCAAAAUUUGCAACAAUCCCAACCAUGUAUCAAGUGCAACAUGGGCUAUGACUACAGAUGGGCAUGCGAUCGUCACCGGCCUAACAGACGGGAAGAUCACGAUACUUGAGCUUCCGGAAGGUCAACCGUCAGAGCUUGAGGGACCAGGUCACUCCGACCUUGUCUGCGCCGUCGCUCUGUCACUUCCAAACAAACGUGUACUUGCAAGCGCCUCUUAUGACCGUACCCUCCUCUUUUGGGAUCUCGGUACCAAGCGAACAAUUUGUCAACCACUCCAGCACUCCGCAGAUGUGACAUGUGCAGCAUUCGCAACCAAUGGUACCUUAGUAGCUACUGGUACUUGCGAUGGAGAAGUUUACCUUUGGGAUGUGGCAGACUUUCUCUCUAAUGCAAUGCCAACGGACGAUGCGAAUGGUCGUGACGGAGGCACGACUGCUAGACCUUCUCUUAACUUUGACCCUAACUCGCCGAUCCCUACCCGCCAACGUGAAGCCCGACAACCACUAGUACCUCCAUCCCUCGACACUCCGAAAAGUGGAAAACCAAGAUACGGUGGGGAUUUCUUUGACGACGUGCGUCCUGCAGUCGUAGAUGGUCCCAUUCCAAGUGUUAGCAGGCGAUUUUCUAUAUCCCGGCCUAUUAAAGUUGCUGCAUCACGUAUGCAACAGACAUUGAGGGUAUCCCGAAUACAAAUUGAAAGGCCUCUGACGAACGUGUACCUGGGUGACAUUCAAGAAGAAAGACAAAACCACCACGGGCAACAUCAAGUAACCAGUGGCAUUCCGCUUACCACAUUCGAACAACAAUCAGGGGUGACAAAUGAACUGGCCACACGAGGCGCUGUUCUUAUACGACGUACUCGCUUGGUCAAUGCCUUGUUACGCAUGGGGUGCAUACCCCAGUACCCCGAGGUGGAUUGA